AUGAUUCCCGCCGCUCCGUUCUCCCAAGUCGCGACGCCGUUGCCAAAAAAAAAAAAAAGUUUAAAUAUCCCUUCCAGCGCUACCCGCAUCACGCAGCCCCUGUCCACGCCACGGCGCUCUCCGCUUGACUCUCUCGAGCCGCAUCUCCACCGCUCCUCUCUUCUCCGGCUCCGGCCCGGCUUCAACGUGAAAAAGGAAAGGUUUGCAAGAGGGGCAUGGGGAGAGGACGACCUGUACCAAUUGGAUCUGGGAGGAUCAGGUAAAGGUCCAGGAUUGCUCGCAGCACGCUACAGUCACUCACACCCAAGCUAUGGAGGAGGCACUAGCGGGGGUGAGGGCGACGCGGUUACUUCCGCCGCGGCGGCGGCCGGGGACCCUCAGUACACGUACCUGUCUAUCGCCGACGCCCUCAAGGUUCCCGGCGUCCGGGUCUGCAUCGUCGCCGUCGUCUCCGAGAUCGGCACAGCCGUCCGCAGCCGUGGCACGGAUUUCACUCUUACGUUGAGGAUUGUGGAUCAAUCAAGCACGGCUGGAAUCUCUGCUACAUUUUUUGCUGACGACACUGCCCUAUUGCCCUGUGUUAAGUCAAGUGGAGAUGUGAUCAGUCUCCAUAACGUCAUGAUAACAAUGCAUGGGGAGUUCUUUGUUACAUUUAACAAAAAGUUUUCUUCAUUCGCGCUAUUUGAAAGCAAAGUAUUUGCUGAGUGCAGCCCAUAUCAGUCUUCUAUGAAAUAUCGUGGCGGCAUAGAUGACAAAGAACUUUUAACCCAGCAGAGAACGUGGCUUGCAUAUAAUCCUCUUGGUCUGGAAGAUCUCGAAUUGCAGUUAAGGAGUUUAAAGUCUGAUUCUACUUUUGAUCUAGUAUGCAAGGUUGUUCAUGUCCAUGAAGAUAGCGGCAAAUGGAUUUUUUAUGUUUGGGAUGGAACUGAUACCCCUGCAGCUGAGUUUCAGGCAAUUUUGGAUGCUGAGGCAGUUCAGUCACCCCCUCUACUUGAAGGACCACCUCUACCCAGGGAGGUUUUGUGCACAAUGCCAUGUGUCGGAACUGUUCUGAGGAUUUAUUCAAACAGGUUUAUCAAGGAAGUAUUACACAUGCAAAAGGGUAUUUAUUGGGCCAGGUUCUGCAAUAUUACUUGCAAGCAAGAGUUUGGCAUUUGGAAAGGCAUUUUGCUGGCCACUAGUAGAAUUCGCCUUUUAUCUCAUGAAGAUGGUAGCGUUGUUGAUCGUCUGAAGAUGUAUGACAGCCGCAACGCCAACAAAGUUCACCGCCGGCCGAUGACAGGCAUCCCCUCUAAUGUUACUGAUGUAGAAUAUAAGAAAGCAGGUUACUCAACGUUAAUGGAGUCUUUAACUCAUGAUGAGGUGACACACAAAUUGAAAACCUUGGUCCGUGUUGUGGGAGCAUAUCCAUGUCAUCCUAGUGAAGUCCAUUUUUUGCUUUCAACUGGACAUUGUAUGCGGUUGACUCUUGAGGAUCCUACAGCGAGAAUUCAUGCGUUUGUCCAUAAGGAUGAGAUGGUCAAAUUCUUCGGUGGUUUUCUGACCGAAGAAGCUGUUAAAAAAGAAGAUGAACAAGCUACUGGGCAACCCAGAACCAGAAGACAGCGAGGAAGGUGCCUCCUUGACCAGGAAUCCACCUUGGAUAUGGUGUUGCUUGAUGUCAUACUAUAA